CGCAGCCCUUUAAAGGGCCAGGCCUCCCGCGCCACAAGUUCAUUUCGAGUUGGGUGGUCUAUUUUUGAAACUCACUUUCCCAGAGAAACGGGGUGAUACUUAAGAGGGGCGUGUCCCACAACCUUGAGGCUGAAGGUGCAGCAGAAAGCGGCCCCGGCAGAUCACUACCCUCCCAACCUGUCCUGGCACAGCGACAGAAUCGAAGCCCCCCUACCUGGUCCAGAGGUUAAGGGGCAGCGACGCGGGCGGGGGCGGGGAAGGGAAGAAGAGAAGAGUUCUGGGCUUUUCCAUCCGUCCCGGGUCUCGCCCCCUCCGCGAGAGGCGAUGGCUUCCAAACUCCUUCGGGCCGUCAUCCUGGGCCCCCCGGGCUCAGGCAAAGGCACCGUGUGCCAGAGGAUCGCCGCCAGCUUCGGGCUCCAGCAUCUCUCCAGCGGCCACUUCCUUCGGGAGAACAUCCGGACAGACACGGAAUUGGGUAUUCUGGCCAAGCAGUACAUACAACAAGGUCUCUUGAUUCCCGAUCAUGUGAUAACACGGCUAAUGAUGACGGAACUGGAGUCCAGACGGGUCCAGCCGUGGUUGCUUGAUGGCUUUCCUCGGACAUUAACUCAGGCUGAAGCCCUGGACACAAUCUGUCAGCCGGACCUCGUGAUCAGCUUGAACAUUCCUUUUGAAACGCUCAAGGACCGCCUCAGCCGGCGGUGGAUCCAUCCUUCCAGUGGGAGGGUCUACAACCUGGAGUUCAACCCCCCUCAAGUACAGGGAGUUGAUGACAUCACCGGCGAACCGCUGAUCCAACGAGAAGAUGAUAAACCCGAGGCUGUUGCUGCCAAGCUGAGACAGUACAAGGAGGUUGCAAAGCCUGUCAUAGAGUUAUACAAGACCCGGGGAAUCCUCCACUCCUUCUCCGGGACGGAGACCAACAAAAUCUGGCCGUAUGUUUACUCGCUGUUUUCCAACAAGAUGGCGUCUAUUGGAGUGAAAACAGCCUGACAAGCCUGCAGCGUGGAAGAAUGGGAGGAGGUGCUUAUUCAUUAAAUUGUGUGUGUGCUAUCG